AUGACUUCAAACCUAGAGAAUCUCGACGUUAUAUGGAUACAGAGACCGACACCGUACAGCCCUUUCGAAGGAGGCAUAGGAGGACAAGGGCAGGUCGGCAACCCCUUGCGUGAGUGGGAACCGCAAGAAGAAGAAGCCUUGAAAAGUAUUUUGCGUCAACGUGACAACACAGACCCGGUGUUUCCAAAGGAUUUUGAAGAUGUGGCCAAGCGUCUUACGUUAUGGUUCAACCAGGAAAACAAACCAGAGGGAAUACAUUUCACUGAAGCAGAGGUGGAAUGGAAAGUUUUCGUGAUGUAGGAGCACUACGAAAUAACCAUUAAACAACCUUUCCGACGUAUGAUCCCAAGUGAGCACAGCAAAUAUCGCGGUCCGAGGGAGCUCUACCGAUUUAUUGCAAAAUGUCUUUCCGCAGAAAACAAUCAAAGCUUUGACAACAUUAAGUUUACGAGGGGCUCACUAACAAUGGAAGAAUGCAUAGCAAUGGAACCAAUGGAUUUUUGCGACAUUGUUAUUAUCGACACGGCUUUCAGAAAUCGAUUAAUCAAAGAAAUGAUUUCCUUGAAAUACCCAGAUGCCAUAGAUUACUCGAAACAAGGUGUCGUUGAACGACUAAUCUUAUAUUUCUGGCCUUGGUUAAAAGAAUCCAAAGACUUACUAAGACUGCGAGACAUUUUACCCCUCGUCGAUAAAGACGCAAAAUAA